UUUUGUUUGUUUUCGUCUGUGGUUUAACUGAGUGGGAGUAAAGAUGGCGAACGAAUUGGACAGAGUGCGAAUAUCAGCUGCGGAACUCCGAGCUGAUGUGUCGAACUCAGUCAACAGUGAGCUCCAGGAAGCAGAGGACCAACAGGAGCAUCAGGGACAUCAGCAGCAUAGGAGACGUGAAGGAAAGCGCCCUGAUUUACAGCGCUAUCAGCCAGCAGCUGGACAUGGACGGCGUCACCGUGACAGUGAGGAGGGAGAAACCAGUGGUUCAGGACUGUGUGAUGACAAUAUUGCCCUGCUCUCUGAGCAUAAUCCUCCACAAUCCAGUGAAAAAAUGGCUAUCUCUGAUACAGUUUCAGACAUGAAAGAGUGCAUGUCUGGGGGGAUGGGUACCAAUCAAAGUGAUGACGCUAGACUGAGAGGUGAUGGUAGUAACGCUCAACAUUCUAGGAACAACAGCAGUGCUCAGGCUAAAACUAAAGAGCUUCAUGAAAAGGACUUUGUUGAAAAUGAGAGAGAACCUCAGGAACUUGUUGGGAGUGCUAAGCAGACAAAGAAAACCCGGAAACCUGACAGAGAAUUUUAUCAGCCUGGAAGCAGAAGAAACACUCAGGGAAAGGACUGUGGAACAAGCAAACAACAGGAUAAACCACCACCAAGGAAGCACCUGCAGAAAAGUGAGCCUGUAUCCCAGAGUAGAACAGGAGAAAAUGAAGGAAAUACUAUGUUACUGAAAAAUGGAGGGAAAAAUAACUUAAGGAAAUUUCAUAAUGGAAAACUCAGUAAAAUGAGUGAUGCAAGCCAAAAGCAAGGUAGCACACAUGAGGAAAAGCCUCCUUUACCCUCUCAAACAUCUUUGGAAAAACUCACAAGCAAAAUGGAUAAACUCAGUGUGAAAGGGAAGGCUAAAGUGAGCAGUGUUAGCCAAGAUGAUGACGAGGUUGUCUGCAGGAAGUGGGAAACAAAUACGAAUAAAAGUAGCCAAGGUGGAGGAACAAAAGAUGAUGAAGACAAAGUAGUGAAGAAAGGAGAAAGGGGAAACCGCAGGAUAAGAGGAGGGGAAAAGGAAAAAGAGCGGAAUCUAGAUUCAAGACGGGGGGAAGCUGAAGUGGGCAGUGGAGCAAAGAAUGAUCAGAAGACCACUGAGAAGGGAAGAGGCACAAGACCACCAGACAUAGGCCGAGAAAAUAAACCAGGGAAGACAAAAGAAAUGAAACAAGUCACAGGAAGAGAGAAUCGUAGAGGAAAAGGGGACAGUAAUAACAACCGAUCCCAAGAGAAUGAGAAAGGCAAUAAAAUGGAUAGAAAUGUAGAUGGGCUUGUAGAAAGAAGGAACAAAUCCAAUGUUAAAAUCACAACACCAACAUCAAAGCGCUAUUCCAAAUCAGAUAUUCGGCGUUCAAGGAACCGAACAUACAGCAGUAGUUCAGCCAGCAGUGCUGCAAGCCUGGAUGGUCCUGGCCCAGGGGUGGAUGGGCAGAGCAUCAAGUGGCCGCGCUCAAAUCCCAGACACAAUGACAAAGAGAAGACAGUUGAAAGUAGAGGAGGAAGAAGAGGUGAUUCACACAACUGGUCAACCAAUGGAGAAUCAUCUACUGAAUCACUUGAUGGGAGUGAGAUGAGUGACAUAGCAGAAGAUAAAAGGAGGAGAAGGAGAGACUGUGAGCAGCAGCUGAGCACAGACCGACUUAGAGGAGAAAGGAAAAGACCAAAGGGAUGCAGCAGUGCAAGUCGGGGAAUACUGAAAGUGUCUUCAGAAAGACAGUCAGGUACUUCAUCGUGUGAUGAUGCACAGCGCUGCAAGCAGGGCUUGAGUCCUCGUGGCAGAGGUGGGGGUAUCCUGGUACUUCCGGCUCACACAGAUAUUUGUGAUUCACCUGAGCUCGGGCAAAGGCUUCUUUUUGGUCGAUCAAGGGGAGGAACACCUUCCAGAGGCAGAGGCGGCCGGGGAGGGGGUGUCAGACGACUCUGGGAUCCAAAUAACCCCGAUCAGAAACCUGCUCUUACAAACGCGCCGUCCUCACAGCAUUCAUAUCUACAACAGCCUACAUAUCUGCACACAGGGACUGGAUAUGGACAGCUUCAUUUUCUGGACACUGAUGACGAGGUUGCAGGAAGCCCUCCUCUACCCCUGGGUGAAUAUUUCCAAUCCCAACAGCAGCAGGCUGCUGCCAUGACCUACUACAAGUUUCAAAACUCUGAUAAUCCAUACUCUUACCCUGUGCCCACCAGCAAUACACAGAAUCCCAACAGCAUUAGUAACCAGCGCUAUCCAUACCCAUACCAUAUGGGACCCUAUCAAAUGAGUCAUCCUAAUGGAAUGUAUUCUGGUACCAAUGUGGGACAGUUCUCUGAUGGUUACAGGGGGACAGGUUACUCCCAUCCCGGAGCAACAGGUGUUUUGACUUUUGAAGAAGUGGAACAGCACGCGAGAGGAGAGCUUGGGAGGCUCCUGAGGGCCGCAGAUACACAGGAACACCAGCUCAGCAACCUGCUCUCCAGGGACCACCUGAGUGCUGACGGACUGGAUCGCAUGGCCCAACUCAGAGCUGAACUUUUGGUGCUAUAUGAGCAAGCCAUCCUGACAGACAUAGAGUUCUCAGACACUCAGAGCGUGGACCAGGCCUUGUGGAAGAAUGUCUUUUACCAAGUCAUCGAACGAUUCCGCCAGCUCCUCAAAGAUUCUGCCAGCGAUAACAUGGCUUCUAUGAGGAACAUGUUACUCACACUGCUUGAUGAGGGAGCUGUGUUCUUUGAUGCACUUCUUCAGAAGCUGCAGACAGUAUACCAUUUUAAACUAGAGGAUUACAUGGAUGGCAUGGCUAUUAGGACUCGACCAUUAAGCAAAACGGUAAAGUAUGCACUGAUCAGUGCUCAGCGCUGUAUGAUUUGUCAGGGAGAUAUAGCACGCUACAGGGAACAGGCCAGUGACUCCAACAACUAUGGCAAAGCACGCAGGUAA